UUCAGUGAACGGUCUCACUGCAGGAACAACAAAACAAAACUCAGAAUAAACGACAGUAUUUAAACGAUUCCUUAAGAACAAGUGAUAUUGCACACCCACAAUUAACUGCCAAAAAUUCUGUAGUGCAGACCAUUUUACAGAUCGCAUCCAAAACUUCAGUGCUAAAGUUAUGAGUGAUAACCAGAUAUGCGACAUAAGCAACGAAGUUCUGGAGGAAUUGAAGAAGUUCCGAUUCAGCAAGAGCAAAAAUAAUGCGGCUUUGAUAUUGAAAGUCGACCGGGAGAAGCAAACGGUGGUGCUGGACGAGUUCAUCGACGAUAUUUCGGUGGACGAGCUGCAGGACACAUUGCCAGGACACCAGCCCCGAUAUGUCAUCUAUACGUAUAAGAUGGUGCAUGACGAUCAGCGCAUUUCGUACCCAAUGUGCUUCAUAUUCUACACACCCAGGGAUAGCCAGAUCGAAUUGCAGAUGAUGUACGCCUGCACGAAGAGCGCCCUUCAGCGCGAAGUAGAUCUCACACGCGUCUACGAGAUACGCGAACUAGACGAACUCACCGAGGAGUGGCUGAAAGCCAAGCUCAAGUAGAGAGGUUUCGAUCUCUGGGAUCAAUCAAUCCGGGCCGUUGUCAAAAGCAAUAUUUUAUGAUAGUUCUCUGAUUGAUUUUUGAGCUUUUUAUAUACAUAUUCAAACUGGAUCAAGCCGAUACCAACGAUGCAUACCAAUACCAAACAAACCAAUAUUGAGAUACUACAAUUUUUACCUACAGAAAACACAAAUCAAGCUUAGUUUAUACAACAAUGACAUUUUUAUAUCGACGAUCGCAUGCGACAAGUAUGCGCGAGGAGUUUUUAGUGAUUUUAGUUCUUGCAUUUAAGUAAUAAUCUUUAUAGAAGCUGUGCUUGCCAAAUUUCUACAUGUAUUUAUUGUAAAGAUAUAAAAGCAAACAUGACAAAAUAUUCCAUUUUAUAUAGACAAACUAAAUAAAAGUGUUCAAUAUCAAAGCAUAA